AAGGCGAAGCCUGCGGUUCCAAGAAUGGCGCCGCUUCCAAUAUCUCGGAUGGCAGUGAGAGAACACCCAUUCUCAUACGUCGGUUUGGACUAUUUCGGUCCGGUGGAAGUUGUUGUAGGACGAAGACGAGAGAAGCGAUGGAUAGCGUUAUUUACGUGCAUGACAGUGCGUGCUGUGCACCUAGAGCUGGUAUACAGUUUAACAACACAGUCGUGUGAAAUGGCGAUUCGCCGAUUCGUAAAGAGACGUGGGAGCCCGGUUGAGAUCUUUUCCGAUAACGGAACCAAUUUUGUGGGAGCUAGUCGAGAUUUAGCUGAACAAAUCCGAUCCAUAAACUCGGAAUGUGCUGAUACGUUCACUGGAGCCAGGACAAAGUGGACGUUUAACCCACCGUCAGCACCCCAUAUGGGAGGCGUGUGGGAACGCAUGGUUCGAUCCGUAAAGGAAGCAAUGGCAGUAUUUGCACACGGAGAAAGAUUAACGGAUGAAAUUCUACAAACAACUCUGAUAGAAGCAGAAAGUUUGAUUAACUCACGCCCGUUAACGUAUGUUUCUACCAACGUACAAGAGGACAAGGAGGCACUUACUCCAAAUCAUUUUUUGAGGAGUUGUUCUUUGGUGGAUUGCAUGCCAUCAAGGAACUCAAUAGAGCUGGCUGAUAGACUACGGAGCAGCUAUAAUCAAGCACAGUAUUUAGCAGAAGAAUUAUGGAGGCGUUGGCAACGAGAAUAUCUUCCCAUGAUGAAUCGGCGGACGAAGUGGUUCGAUGAACGGACAACUGUGGCCAUUGGAGAUCUAGUAUAUGUUGCUGAUUCAGAAAGGCGAAAAAGCUGGGAGCGCGGAGUCGUGGAAGAAGUGUUGGCAGGAAAUGACGGAAGGAUACGAUCCGCAAUGGUACGUACUAGCACAGGAAUGAAAAAGCGAGCGGUAGCAAAACUAGCUGUACUGGAGAUCGGAGGAUAAAAGUGGUAAGCGCAGUGGUGAUCACAAUCGACAACAGGGCUUACGGGCGGGGGAGCUGUUACGCCGGGAUAGGAAGGGUUCGUUGCGUGAACGCGGCCUUCCCAGUUUGCGAUGACAAGCAGUGCCAAUGACUGUCUAAACCUAGGGCGCUGACAUGUUAGAUGUAUAUAGCUACUCUUGAAUGUUGAUAGCAAAGUUUAUUGAAGUGGAUUGAAAUUAUUGCGUAAAAUAGCCUAGAAUUGUUGCUGGAGAAGCAAGGUCUGAAUCCUCGAUUAACGAUAGUGAGCGAGUUGAUACUUACCGUGAGUAGUUAUGUGGCACUGUAGAUGCAUGUGCUAAUUGUGUAGUUUCGUUGUAGGGUAUUAAUUGUAGGGAGAUUGGAUGGUUCGCAGGCAGGAUUGUUGAUUGGAAAACUGAGUUUGUAAGUAAUGGCAAUGAAUUAUGUAUUAUGCCCUGGAUUAUAUGAUUACAUCGCAAUUUGAAUUAAAUAUAUUUUUAGUUUUGAGUGUGUCGAACAGUACUCCAAGAACAGUUUUCGAUAUGCUGCCCCGAACUCCUCCCAACAAAUUAUAUCUAGAAACCUAAGGAUGUUUUUUUUUUCAAAAAUCUGAUAAGGAUUCUUUCUGGAAGGGAUUACAAAAAUUAUUAUAAUGGACUUCCCCAGCAUCUUGUGAAGGAUUCCAUGGAAUUCUGAGAAGUAUUCGUAUAUAAAACAGAAAAAUUACCGCAGAUUCCUGAAAGACACUCCCCCAGCAUCUUUGAAAGGACUUUCCUAAAAAUCUGAAAACAAGUGUCCCAGCACUCUGAGAGAUAUUCCUUUAGAUUACUUUAAAUUAUUACACCAGAAACUCAAGAGAAUCAUCCCAUAAUCUUGUCAGGGAUUUUCCCUGAUUAUUAAGAUGGACUCUUCCAGAAUCCUGAAAAAGGGAUUUCUGGGAGCAACUGCUCCCGAAUACAGAAAACAGAAUUCUACUGGGAUUCUCGUGGAAUGCUGAGAGGGUUUCUUCCGAACCCUAAGAGAAAUCACAAAAUCUAUGCGAGGGAUUCUCAAAAAUCCAAAUUUCUCUAGAUGAUUCUGCCCAAAAUCUGCCCGGAAUCCUAAGAAACAUUCCUCCAGAGGAAUUUCGCCACAAUUAUGAGAAUGCUGCGUAUGGAAAGAGUAGGCGUUGCCGCGAGUGAAUGUGUUUUGGUUUACAUGUCACGCUUUUUUCGUGUCUUCGUGAAAAUUUUCUACCGCGACUCCUCUUGUUAUCUGUUUAGCACUACGCCACCGGGACGGGACAGAACUUCCGCGAGUGAAAAUCAAAGUGUGGCCCUUCCAGUGUGCCGGAAGUGGUAGGUACAGCGCACGAUCCAGCGCAAGUGUAUCGAAUCGAGUGCGUUCACGGUGAGCACGUUGCGGUGGAAGGUAGCAGCAUUUUGUGUGGAAGAAGGUCGGCAGAAGUGAUUCAUUGGACAACCAUAUCGGAUACUUUGCCACAAUCUAUCUGCUGCAGUCAAAUCCAAGAAUUUGCGUCGGAAAAACAAGCCAAUGGGAACAUUUGCUGUUGGAUAAGCGUAACAAAGAAUAAUCGUCAUUUUCUCCUAAUUUGGUAAGCUCGUUUCAUGCUUUCUUCUUGAAUGUAUUAUCCGUGGAGUUGAAAACUGUGAUUUUUCAUUCACAAAAAUCGAUUUUGCUAUGCCUUGUGUCUGUAGGAAAAUCAACAUCGAUUAACACGUUUUAUGAAAGUCAUUAUCAUUCCGCUCAUUUUACUUUUAAAUUAUUUAGCAUUCUAAUUUUCGUAGGAUAUUGUUUGACUGAUACUUUUCAAGUCAAGUAGUUGCAGGAGACUUAUCUUGGUGAGCCCGUCCCAAUUGAACGCCUUGUUUUGCUGUUCUACUUUGUGUAUAUUUCAAAAUAACUACACUAAAUUAAUUUCAUAACAAUCCAGUCCCAUAGCUUAAUCAUAACCGACCUUUGCCGUACCAAAAUUCCUUCUCCAUUCUAUUUACGAAAGCGUCGGUGAGUCGCUGGCAUCUCGUUAAAUAGAUAUCAUCCCUUUCCUAUUAUCCCUUCCCAUCCACAUAACGUGUUUCUUAUCGUUUCAGAGAGCGAUCAAUGGCGCUUAAGCCUAGGCUUGUUAGCCAGGACACAUGGCCCAAAUGCCUGUGCCCCAACCCGGAAGCAAAAAGGCCCAUGGAGUGACACAAUUUCUUAGCUACGUCACUCCCAACGUUGGUGUUAAAAAAUCACUUAAACUCACAUCAACACAUCUACAUGUUCAACUCACAUACACUUACACAAUCUGAAUCUUGCCGCAUCACUCGCUUAUAGUGAAUCCCCAAUCAACCCAUUCCAAAAAUCCAACUCCUUGACACCUAUGGGGGCGCCGGUGAGUCGCUGGCCUUUCAUAAAGUAGGUGUCAUAUCAUCACGUCCUUGCCUUUCCUCGUAACGGAGAAGAUGGGUGUGGCCGGCAAUGGAAGUUUUCAUGUCUUUUUUACUUUAACCUCUGAUUGGAUAGGUGUUCCUAAAUAGCAUUCCAUAAGCAAUUAGAAUAGGAGUAUUAAAGUUUUAACAUGAAAACUUUCAGUAUGCAAUCUACGAAUUACUCCGUUACAACGCAACGCAACGCAACGCAAUUAUGAGAAUGCUGCGUAUGAUUCACCAAAAAGUCUGAGAGGAGUUCCUGAGAAAGAAUUCCUCAGAAUUCUGAGUGGAAUCCAAGUGAUGGUCUUCC